CAUAGUGAGAGGAACCGGUUCCCCUUUUCCCCGUUUCCUUCUACAACGAACACACUCCGCGACCAACGCUCGCUUCCCCUUCCCGUUUCUCCUCGCCUGACUAGGGUUUCUCUUUCCAUCCUUCCAAUCCCUCGCUCCCCGUCCAUGGCGAAGACCAAGCAGGGCAAGAAGGACGUCGAUUCAUACACCAUCCGCGGAACCAACAAGGUCGUCCGAGUGGGCGACUGCGUGCUGAUGCGGCCGUCAGACUCCGACAAGCAGCCGUACGUGGCGCGGGUGGAGAAGAUGGAGGCCGACGGGCGCGGCAGCGUGCGGGUGCGGGUGCGCUGGUACUACCGUCCCGAGGAGUCUAAGGGCGGCCGCCGGCAGUUCCACGGCGCUAAGGAGCUCUUCCUCUCCGACCACUUCGACUUGCAGAGCGCCCACACCAUCGAGGGCAAGUGCAUCGUCCACUCCUUCAAGAACUACACCAAGCUCGACAAUGUCGGACCCGGGGACUUCUUCUGCCGAUUUGAGUACAAAGCGGCCACCGGCUCGUUCACCCCUGACCGCGUCGCCGUGUAUUGCAAAUGUGAAAUGCCGUACAACCCAGACGAUCUCAUGGUACAGUGUGAUGCCUGCAAAGACUGGUUCCAUCCAUCUUGCAUGGGUAUGACCAUUGAGCAGGCCAAAAAGCUAGGUCACUUUGUUUGCUCAGACUGUGUGAAAGAAAAUGGCUCAAAGAGACUUUCAAAUGCAUAUGCUACUUCACCAAAUUCUGAGCCCAAGGCUGAAUCAAAAAGGCAGAGGAGGCAACAACACUGAGUACAAACUUGAAUCAGCCCUCCAUUGCUGUUGUGAAAGUGGAUGUGUACAGUGCAGUAGAACGAGUGUUUGCUGAACCUGGGCUUCGUUGCCUCAUGACUCGUCAAACAUCAUUGUUGUACUGUUGGGGGACAGUUUUGUUCGUUUUAGUCAGUGUGGCAUGCUGUUGUUCGACGGUGUGCCAUCGUUGGGUAGGGGAAAGAACAGUCACGGUGAUGACUUGCCAACCUAGUAGCUGUGAGUGCAUUGUGUUAACUUAAUUCCUGUCAACAAUUCUUCCGUUGGCUGAUAAUUCAAAUCAUGUAGCUUCUUAUAGAUCUGUUAUUGCCAGAGGCAAACAUGAACAAAUGUUGCCCGCUAUUGCUGCCGGGGCUGCGUUUACUGUU